GAAUUAAGGAGUGCAAAGUUUGAGUAAUUCAGCAAAGUAGAGAAGAAGAGGAAGAGAAAGCUCUAAAACCCUUCCCAUGUCGAACUCGGGGGACGCAAAUGUAAGGGCACAGCUACAAGAGCAAGAGCCAGAGCCAGAACCAGAACCGGAGCAGCAAUCGGAAGAAUGGGCGACGAUGGCUCGAGCGUGGCUGUGCUCGUUCCCGGAGGCCAAGGAAGUAGCCAUGGCCGAAGUGGAAGCCUGGAUCGACUCCAACCUCGCCUCUCUCCCCGAAGGCCUCCGAUCCAUGCCUCGCCCCGAUCUCUGCAACCGCCUCAUCUCCUUCCAGAAUUGCAUGAGACUCCCCAAUCAGGACAGGGAAGCCACCCAGCUUGAUCUUCCUCACGCGCGGUUUCAGCGCACUGAUCAGUGGAUUCCGGUGUAUUCGUGGUUGGAGACUUUGGAUAAGGAUGAGGUGGUUAAAUCCAAGGAGAUUUCUGACUGGCUAACGGAUAACCCUAAGGUCCAGGAACAGUUGUGCUCCAGACAUUCCAGAUAUCAUUUGAUGCACUACAUCAAAAAAUGCCAUAUGAAGAUACUGAAAAGAAGGGAAAAGAAGAAGGGUGUAGGUGUAGAACAGCCUGACAAAGACUCAUCAUUGAAGGUUCAGAAGGAUGUGGUGAUGAAACACCCGGCCCCAGUUACAUGUAGUUCUUUAAGCAAUCUGCCCAAAGAUAGCGAUUUGUUCUUGGCCAAAAGAAAUGAAGCCUACCGUAAAUAUGAGAUUUUACUGGAGUUGGAGAAGCUACUUUCCCCAGUAUUCCCGAAGCAGCCUAGCAUAAAUCAAUGAAAGUGUUGGAAACAGCAAUUAUUGUGUGAUCUGCAGAUUGUGAUAUUUGCAGUGACUGGGAACUCCCUGAUGUGGCCCUGCUCCAGGGGUACCCUUUUGCUCAUUUGUCUCCUCUUGAUUGUCAUUCACUGAGCAAUGCUGUCUCUCCUAAGUGUUUACGUAGGAAGUUAACUAUUCUCUUAACAGGGAAUGAUAGAUCAUAGUUGAUAAUCUACUUAGAAAGAAGUGUAGCAGAAUUAUAAGUAAACAUUACACUUGAUCCCAAGUUUGGUUAUAAUGAAUCUGAGUUGGUCUAAAGUUUCCUGUUAUGAGUAUUAAACAUUUUCACGAGCUCCUGUUAGGUGACGAAUAAAUGACAGUUAGGGUUAUGACUAGUCAACCACAGAGUUAUCGUCUAGUCUGGACUCGUGUGGUAUUUAUUAGUUAGAGAGGAUGGCACCAACAAUUUUAAUUAUUUCUCAUUGCAUGUCGAGAAAAAAAAAUCAGAAUUACCAUUGUCUACAUGUCCUAUAAUGUUAAUCAUUCCCCAAAACUCGCCUUCACUUUUGUAACACGAUUCUGUUUGCAAAAGCACCUUACUUUUGAGGGUGCAUGGAUGCUCCCAAUCCUCAUAACCUCAGAUAAAAUAAAUCAACGGCCCAAUUUAACCAUGACAUUUGACAAUGGGUUGAAGUCUUAAAAGGUUAUGAUAUAAACUUUUUCAAAUUUAACCCCUUAAGAGUUGAGAUUUCUAUCAGUGUAGUAUUAUUAAUUAUUUUAAACUCCUUAUUGAUAGGCCGAUGAGUGCUAUCACCCAUUACAACAAAUUGAAGAUUUGAAUACCAUUGCCUGCAUAGUUGUUCAGAAUUGUUUGAUUCAUUUGCAGACAUGUAUCGAAAUUUUUGUAUAGGGCAAAUGCCAUAAACAAUGUAAAUUUACAGGAAAGUGAGAAGCUCAGCAUUUUUGGAUUCUUUGCAUUUUCAAGAUUUGUAUAUUAACUCCCAGAAGCAAUCAGUUUCACAACAAAGUCCUUCCAACAAGUUGAUUUUGGAACGAAGCCUGAAAAAACGAUUCAGUGAUUGGGUUGAUUUUGGAAAGGGUUCAGUGAAAUUUUUGGGGGGUGUUGGGUGGAUGUAAGGCCUCUUAAUUUUAAGGUUCUUGUAACCUUGUACUUUGCGGCUCCAGUAGGUAGUGCAAUUGUGUGACUGCUUUGCUGCGGCAGAGGCUUCAAUGUUAAGAGAAGGAAUAAGAGAAAAAAGAAUAAAAAUUAAAAUGUAAUAAAAUGCAACACAUGCUUUAUACUCCACUUGAUUUGUUUUAUGUAGAAGGAAAAAGGUGUAUGACUACUCUGUUUGCUAAGAGUAUCCUCACUCUAUUUCCUUGGUGUAAACAUUGACAUCAGUAUUGAUAGGUACAUGAGCAAGCCAGGUGUCUUACUGUAAUUAAGGUGGAAACAGGUUAGGUAAGAUCAAGUUUUGGUGA